AUGUUUGAAAAUUAUUUUUCAAAUAAUAUUCAACAAUUUAUUUUAUCAAAUGCAAAUUUACAUAUAAAAUCAUCUAAAGGCGAAACAUUUUUAUUUCAUCUUAUUCAUUUAUAUGAUCAAAAUGAAAAUAAAGAAUAUUUAAUAACAUUUAAUAAUAUACUUAAUAAACAACCAUUAUUACUUUCACAACGUAAUGAACAAGGACGAACAAUUGUUGAUGAUAUUGAAUUAACAUCAUCAUUAUCUUAUUAUAAAUUACAAAUAUUUUAUGAUACAAUUAAAAAUAUACUUAUUGAUCAAAUUAAAAAUAAUAUUAUUAUUGAACGUUUUGUUUUAAAUAGUUUUGGUUAUCAUUUAUUAUUAUUUUUUAAUGAUGAAAAAAUACAAGUAACAAAAUAUGUAAAUGAUUUAUUACGUUCAUUAAAAUUACGACAAGGUUUACCAGCAUUAAUGUAUGACUUUGCACAAGCUAUAGAAGAUGAUGAUUUAGUUAAAAUACAAAAUAUUUUUAGAAUUAAAUCAAAUAUUUAUUUUGCUAAAGAUUGGUCUGGAAGAACAUGUGCACAUUUAGCAGUACUUCAUCAACGUCGAGAAAUUCUCAAUUUUAUUUGUGAAAAUUAUAAUAGUGUAAUUAGUCUAAAAGAUAAUCUUAAUCGUACACCAUUACAUUAUGCAUGUAUUAUGAAUGAUGAAAUAGCAAUUAAUAUUCUUCAACAUGCACUUGCAAAACAAAUAACUGAUUGUUUAAAUUUAUUUCCUGAUGAUUAUAAAAAUAAUCGUGAUUUAUGUUGUGAAGAAUUUUAUGCACAAGAUUUUCCUAAAAAUGAAAUUCAAAAAUGUUUACCAGGUUUAAGUGAUUAUUUAAAAUUAUCAUUUUAUUUUCCAUUAAAAAAAUCUAUUGAAGAAAAUUCAAUUGAUAAUAUUACAUUAAUUAAUAAUGAAAUGAAUACAAUGGGUUUUUAUCUUGAAGAUUUUAAUCCAAAUUCAUAUAUAAAUGAUUGGUUAAAAGGUCAACGUUAUAUACCAUUAUUAUUUGUUGCACUUGAACAUCGUUCAAUAUCAUCAAUUCAAUGUUUAAUUGAAUUAGGUUUACCACCAAUUGGUCGAAUGUAUAUAUCAAAAUCAAUAAAUAAUAAUAAUUCUCGAUGUGUUUCAUUUCGAACACGUGCUGAAGAACUUGAAUGUUUUGAUAUUAUUGAUAUGAUUAAUAAUUUAGAAGAUGAUAAUGAAUUAAAACAUGUUUUUAAACGACAUUUAUCAUCACAUGAAAUAAAUCAUAGUCAAACAUCACUUAACUUAGAAGAACAAUUAAAAAGAAAAAAAUUAUCUCAACAAAGAUCAAGUGUACCAAAACAAUAUGUAAAAUCUGACGAUAAUAAAUCACAAACUUGUAUUUUAUUGUAA